CCUGAACCGACUGAUCCCAGCGCGGUUCCCGUACGCAGAUCCCAAACACUAAACAGGUGGUCAUACACCGCCACACAGCGCCCGCCGCGAUGAAACGGAACGGGUACCGAUCGUAACUUACACUGAGCCGCCAAGGUGCUGAACCAAAGAUUAUUAAUGAUCUGGACAUCAGAGCACGGGAGCCUUUGAUCCCGAGUUUCCCUUGGAUUCGGGAAGGUCGGGAAGGAGAGUUGGAGCUAUGAAAGUGACGGUGUGUUUUGGAAGAACUCGGGUCGUGGUUCCGUGCGGAGAUGGCAACAUUAAAGUGCACGCGCUCGUCCAGCAGGCCGCGAUGCGGUACAGGAGAGCGAUCGCCAAGGGUGAAGAGUACUGGGUUCAGGUGUACCGGCUGGAACACGGUGAUGGAGGAAUUCUUGACCUGGAUGAUGUUCUGUGUGAUGUGGCCGAUGACAAAGACAGAUUGGUGGCAGUGUUUGAUGAACAGGAGCCUCAUGUCGGAGGUGACGGCACCAGCGCGAGCUCCACAGGCACACAGUCGCCGGAGCUCUUCUCUGGAGAGCCGUCCACCUCCACCCCACUGUCUGCCUUCCAGCCGUACCUGCCCCACAGCGAGAUAGAGGUCACCACAUCCACACUUCGAACCAACAUGCCUUUGCAUGUUCGUCGCAGUAGCGAUCCGGCAUUGUUGAACCUGACAGCGAUGUCGUUCUCUGAGCCUGGUUCGCAAACCGAAGAGCCUUCCAGAAAAAAUCCCACACGCUGGUCUACAACCGCCGGCUUCCUGAAACCACGUUUCUCCUCUGGCACCAACAGUCUGGAGAGGAAGGGCCGAGGUGUCGACACAUAUCGUAGUCUUCCUCGUGAUGCAGGGCAGCGGUCCAAUCAGAAAGAGUUUCAGCGUGAGAAGGCCCGUUCCUCACUCAGCGCCAAUCAUCCCAUGGUGGACCGCUGGCUGGAGCGACAGGAACAGGAUGAGGAGGAGAACGGUAGGAUAGAGCCAGUGGGACGUGCAGAUACAUGUUUAGAGCACAUGGGAGUGAGAUCUCUUGAUGAUAUUGUGAAAUUGGUGGAAGUGUCCAAUGACGGAGGUCCACUUGGUAUCCAUGUAGUGCCUUUCAGCGGACGAGACCGCAGGACGUUGGGUCUGCUGGUGAAGCGUUUGGAGCGUGGAGGGAAGGCUGACGUCCAGGGUUUGUUUCAGGAGAAUGACUGCAUCGUUCGGAUCAACAAUGGAGAUCUGCGGAAUGUCCGAUUUGAGCAAGCUCAGAACAUGUUUCGUCAGGCAAUGCAUUCUCCUGUCAUCCUGUUCCACGUGGUGCCGACCACCAUGAGAUCCCAGUAUGAGCAGAUAUCCUAUAAUGAACACAACCCCAGAGUGAACAUUGACCUUUCUGGACGUUUCAGCCCUGACUGCCUCACCAAUGACCCGGUCGGCCUGGAUCACGCUGCUCACCGAUUGGCGCAGCACAUGCCACACCCAUCGAAUAACCACUUGGAUACCAGCUCUCCCAUCCAUCAUCCUGUUGGCUCAUCAGGGAAACCUCCAUCAGGUCACGCCUCCUCUCCCCAAAGAGGAUUAAGCCCCGCCCCCACAACUGGCUUUACCAAGAAGGUUGGGCGGAGACUUGGAAUCCAGCUUAGAAAAGGGCCUGAAGGUCUGGGGUUCAGCAUCACAUCAAGAGAUGUCCCUCUUGGAGGCUCCGCCCCUAUUUACGUGAAAAACAUUCUGCCAAGAGGAGCUGCCAUACAGGACGGGAGACUGAAAGCAGGCGAUAGAUUGCUAGAGGUAAAUGGGGUGGAUCUUAAUGGGCGUGGUCAGGAGGAGGUGGUUUCUCUGCUGAGGGCGACGCCCAUGGGCGGGACCGUGAGUCUUCUGGUACUGAGACAGGAAGAGUCCAUUCUACCCAGAGAGAUGAACACAGAACCAGCAAUGCAGAACACAAGAGAAUGGAAGGUAGAAGAUGAGGAGUUGGUUUUAACCCCAGAUGGGACACGCGAGUUCCUGACGUUGGAAGUGCCUCUGAGUGAUUCUGGCUCGGCGGGUUUAGGAGUCAGUGUUAAGGGUAAUAGGUCAAAGGAGAGUCACGCUGACCUGGGCAUCUUCGUCAAGUCUAUUAUCAAUGGAGGAGCAGCAUGCAAGGAUGGAAGGCUGCGAGUCAACGAUCAGCUAAUCGCAGUCAAUGGGGAGUCGUUGUUAGGGAAGACAAACCAGGACGCCAUGGAAACACUGCGCAUGUCCAUGUCAACGGAGGGCAACAAGCGAGGGAUGAUUCAGCUGAUUGUGGCAAGACGAAUCAACAAACGCCUUGAGGGUGAUAGCCGAUGCAGUCCCCGAGGGUUAGAGCGGACCCUAAGCCCGUCUCCUGAUGACCACGAGCGACGGAUCUCACACUCGCUAUACGGAAUCGAGGGCCUUGAUGACAACCUGAGGCCACAUGCCAACACAAGUCAUCAUAAAAUGAAUCAUUAUCAGCUCUCGCCAACGGUCAACAUGCCUCAGGAUGACACAGUCAUAAUUGAAGACGACGGGCCACAUGUUCUCCCCGCCCAGCUGUCUGACCAAUCAUCAUCCAGUUCUCACGAAGACAUGGGUUUCGCUGUAGAGACGCCUCCGCCGCCACUCUGGGACCAAGAACUUCCCAACAGCUCUUCCAGUGCUAAUGAUGAGGGGGCGUUCCAGAGGGAAGGCUUUGGCAGGCAAAGCAUGUCUGAGAAACGCACUAAGCAGUAUGGAGACGCAAGCCAACUUGACAUCAUCAAGACCCGCAAGUCCAAGAGCAUGGACCUAGUGGCUGAUGAGAUUAACCUCACACACUACACAGAAAACUACCCAGGCUCUUCCUCACAUGAUGUUGGCCCGUCUCUCGGCCUAAAGAAGUCCAGCUCUCUGGAAAGUUUACAGACUGCCGUCGCUGAGGUGACUCUCAACGGCGACAUGCCUUUUCACCGGCCACGCCCACGCAUCAUACGGGGGCGGGGCUGCAACGAGAGCUUCCGAGCCGCAAUUGACAAAUCGUACGACAGGCCAGCAGCAAAUGAGGAUGAAGAGGAGUGCAUGGACACAUUGGAGGAGGACAACGAAGGAAGCUCUCGAUCAGGGCGGGAUUCCGUUUCCACGGUAGCUGAUCUCACUCCGCUUCCCGUCACCGAGCAACAGCUUAUCAAUGGCAAUCAGCCUCAAAACGACAAGAAGAAAGAAAAAGGGGGGAAGGACAAAAAGAAGCCAGAGAAAGAGAAGGGUAAAACAAAGAAAGGAAUGCUCAAGGGUCUUGGAGAGAUGUUCAGGUUCGGGAAGUACCGUAAGGAUGAGCGUAUGGAUGGUCCAAAGUGGAAGGCAGAGGAAACUCAUGCAUCGGAGGAAGAGACGCGCAGAAUGAGACAAGAACAAGAGAGGAUCCAGGCUAAAACGCGAGAGAUUCGUCAGCGUCAGGCCAGAGAGAGAGACUAUGCUGAGAUCCAGGACUUCAGUCGGUCCACCCUGACCUCACUUCCUCCUGAGGAGCCCCCGUACGCUGGCAUCGGCUUGCUGGAACACGGCGGGUACCAUCGGAUCCACACGCCUCCGGACUCACCAUACACACAUAAACAGAACGCCCACAACGGACACCCCUCUACAUCAGACAGGCUGACGCCCAGCAACCACGACCGAAUCCAGCGCUUACGCCAGGAGUUCCAGCAGGUCAGGCAGGAAGAGGCAGAGCCAGAUGAUCGCCACCGUGCCUACAGCUUGGAGCAGCACUGGUCCAACUGCAGCUCACAGACAUCAUCUGGCCGACACUCAGUGUCUGUGGAGGUACAGUUACAGAGGCAGGAAGCCAGAGAUGCUUUCACACAUGCUCAGAGACAGUACAGCUCUCUGCCACGCCAUCCUCGUAAGACACCCACCCCAGCCUCAGAAAGGGAGUGGGAGAGAGUGUGUCAAGCCGGAGAUGGUUUCCAGGCAGCCAAAGACAGUGGCCGUUACUCCAGCUACCAGGGAUCUCGUUCUGUCCCACGGACCGUUCCUCGUCCUGGCUGCAGGAAUGGCCUCUCUGCUCCCCCAGGAGCCGGUGGUUCCUCGUCGGGUGGUGGCUACAAUGCACGUGUCCUCCUGGAGGCCCAGGAGCUCCUGCGACAAGAACAGAGACGCAGGGAGCAGGAAAUGAAAGGAAGAGGCCCAUCAAUGCGAUUGGACUACGAAUCCCAGGAUUCUAAAGGGCCCCACAGACAGGACGUCCCACCUUCCCCUUCCCAGGUUGUCCGACUCAGCCGCAUAAACACACCUGAGAAAACACGCCCAUUUUUGUCAUGAGAAAAAAUGGCGACACUUUCUUCAUUUUUUGAAGAGGCAAAUGGCCGACAAAAAAAAACAAUUAUUUGUGUGUCAAUUGUGCAGAGACUCCUCAAGUGCCUUUUCUUUAUGAGGUCACAGUGGUCCCGCCCAAUCUGACAGCUCAUUGGUGUGUCCAGAGGCAAGAAGUCUCUUGAUUGGCUGUGAAGACCUUCAAGCUCUGACAAUCAGCCUGACGCUGGCCUGUUCCUCUGUAAAAACAACGUAGAACUCGAUCUAAAUAAGCAGUUUUCCUGCUUUGCACAUGUUUUGAUGAAGUUUUGUGAAACAGAGCUUUUUUUUUUUUUUUAUAAGAUUUAUCAGAUGAAUUCUUAAACAUCGGGUAAAAGUUAUCAGUUAAACUCGUGUUUGAUGUCACUAGUAGGGGAAAAGGUGGGACUGAGUACAGGUGGCCCAGCAAGCCUAGCGAUACCACUGGAUAUUGUCAAAGAAAGGGUGUUUAAAGAACUCAACAAAUAUAGGUACAAAACACACAGUCAAAGUGAAGGACUCCUGGGAAUCCAGCAAAAAGAGAAAAUCCCAAAAAUGCAAUGGAAAAGAAGAGAGAAAGGAAAUGGGGUCACAGAUAGCAGGUCAUUAAUUGAUGCUCCUCAUUAAAUUUUUAAAGCUCUUUCACACACAGACACAACCCACGACCCACUGCUGCCUGCCAGGUGUGUGUGUGUGUGUGUGAUUGUGAGUUACUGUCUCCCAGCUGACCCGCACUGAAUUUUUCAUCACACACACCAGCUGCCCCUGUAUUGACAGGCCACAGCACUGUGAAAGUUCAGACAAAAAGAUUGUCUUCCCUUCUCCCUUAAACAUGCAUAAAUGCGCACACACACACACACAGAGAGGCUGUGUUUGGAAUACCAUACUAACACUGCUACAUCUAUCGAUCUAUAAAAUAUGUACAAAUAUAUAUAGCUUGGAAAUACUUUUAUGCAUAUCAUUAUUUUUCCCCACUGUGUGAUUAUACACAUGUAGGGUGUGAGCUUAAAAAUAAUAAAAUAUAUAUAAUAUAAUAAGAGAGAGAGAAAGAGGGAGUAAGCUUGAAAUAGUGACAUUAAAAAAAA